AUGGUGCAUCAAUUUCUGGGUGGAGAUUUUCCCUAUAGCAUUGGGGUAGCGGAUUCAAAGAAUAACGAAUCAUAUGAAUGGUAUUUCAGAGAAUUAAGAAAAGCAAUUGGGAUUCGUAAAGAUUUAAUAUUUUUGUCAGAUCGACACAAGGCCAUUGCAAAUGGAAUCGCAAAAGUUUUCCCUGAGUGCUACCAUGGUAUUUGCAUAUAUCAUUUGGAAAAGAAUCUAAAGCAAAGAAGAGUGAGAAAUACUGUACUAAACCUCUUUCAAAGUGUUGCAAAAGUAUACCUUCAAUCAGAAUUUGAUGACUUCAUGUCCCAAAUAGCUGCUGUUGAUAAGAAAACAUUCAAUUAUUUGAUGGAGGAACCACCAGGAAGUUGGUUUUAUGAAAGAAGGACAACUGCAGAAGGAAUAUUCCGCGAGUUAUCAAAUUGGGCAGAAGCAACAUUGGAAGAUAAAAUUAAACCAGCUUUUACAUUUAGAGUAUUGCCCAUUAAUCGACUCAAAUUCAAUGUCAAAGAAGGGGAUAUGAAAUUUAUUGUUGAUAUAGACAAAAGAACAUGUGAUUGUUCUGAAUUUCAGCUAGAUGAGAUACCCUGUGAACAUGCAAUUGCUGCAAUUGAUAGUAUAUAUCAGAAGAAAUCAGCCUUUUGCUCAACCUAUUAUUCAAGGGACUUUUGGUUGAAAACAUAUGAAGGGCAAGUAAAUUCUGUAGGUGAUUCAACAACAUGGGUUAUACCAGACAAUAUUAAAUCGGAAAUCACUAAGCCUCCAGAUGCAAAAGUAAUGCUAGGAAGAAGACAGAAGAAUUGA